AUGGUACAAGCCUGCUUGGUGUGCUCCAGAGUUCAUAACAGCAGCCUGACAGCCCGGGCAGCCGGGGCAGACAUGGACAAGACAGACAAGCCCAGUCCCUCUGCCAAGAAGCACGUGCGUCUUCAGGAGAGGAGGGGCUCCAAUGUGUCACUGAUGCUGGACAUGAGCUCGCUGGGGAGCGUGGAGCCCAUCCAGCCCGUCUGCACGCCACGGGACAUCACACUGAAGUUCCUGAGGACAUCCAGCCACGUGCUGAGGAGAGAGGAGCUGCAGCAACGUGCCCAGAGCCUGACACAGCUCCAGGAGGAGUUUUCGAAAAUCCCACCCAACUUUGUCAGUCUGGAGGAGCUGGAGAUCCCUGGACGUGCCGCCAAGGACAGAUACAAAACCAUCCUCCCCAAUCCUGAGAGCCGGGUCUGUCUCAGAAGGGCAGGGAACCAGGAGGAAGACAGCUACAUAAACGCCAACUACAUCACGGGCUAUGCAGGGCGGCCCCGGGAAUACAUCGCCACCCAGGGACCCAUGCUGAACACCGUGGCCGACUUCUGGGAUAUGGUGUGGCAGGAGGAGGCACCCCUCAUCAUCAUGAUAACCAAGCUCCAGGAGCGCAAAGAGAAAUGUGUCCACUACUGGCCGGAGAAGGAGGGCACCUACGGCCCCUUCACCAUCCGCGUGCAGGGAGUGAGCGAGUGCGUGGAGUAUGUGAUCCGGGAUCUCUCCAUCCAGCUUGAAGGUGAAUGCCGCCAGGUCAAACACAUCCUCUUCCCUUCCUGGCCGGAUCAGCAGACACCAGAGUCAGCCAAGCCCCUGCUGCACUUGGUGUCCAAGGUGGAGGAGAUUCUCCAGGCUCCAGCCAGCCCAGGGCCCAUCGUUGUGCACUGCAGCGCAGGCAUCGGCCGGACAGGCUGCUUUAUCGCUACCAGAAUCGGGUGCCAGCAGCUGAAGGACAAGGGGAAUGUGGAUAUCCUGGGAAUCGUGUGCCGGCUCCGCAUAGACAGAGGCGGGAUGAUCCAGACGAGCGAGCAGUACCAGUUCCUCCAUCACACACUAGCUCUCUACGCUUCCCAGCUGCCGGAGGCGGGAGGCCACUAGCACAGGCCUCCCACUG